UUCUCUCUCUCUCUCUCUCUCUCUCUCUCUCUCUCUCUCUCUUUCUUUCUCCUGUUCACGGUUUCUUCCUCUUUCUAUUCCUUUCUUCGCGCGACACACGCGUGUGGUGACAAUUAUGUCGCGCAACGCCAGCAUAUCGACGUUCGUGUAACUUAGCAUUAAGAGCAAAAGAGCAAGAGAGAACUCGCGAAAGGAAAAACGAAGAAAGGCACGCAUAAAAGAACGAAAAACGGUGUGUUCAAACCGGAGGAGGAAAGGGCGCGAUCGUGAAUAGACCAGACGCGCCACCACAUCAUCAGGUAGGCAGAGAGGAAGAGGAGACUGGAGGUGGACAAGUGGAAUCGAAGGGGGUGGGGAUGGAGCCGGAGCAACGUGGACGCACCUCGCGAGCGUCGUCGACGUCGAGCCUCGGCCGCGAGGUCCGUUGUGGCUGUCAGUACUACCAGAGCGACUCGCUUCUGCCGGAACGACGUGCUCUCCUCGGUAGACCGCCGUCCAGGACGAUGCAGCAGCCACCUGCGGUCCGCUGCAGCGAGCACGAGUACGAACCGAUCGCACCGCCCUCGUCGUCGCCGAAGCCGGCGGCGGCGCCUGUCGUGCGAAUCACCGACACGGAUGUGGUGCCCGUCGCUGACAGCGACGACAGCAUCGACGACCGGGCACGGCUGCCUCCGGAGCUGACACGGGCCGGCGAUGUCGUCCUUCCGCUGGACGGCAAAAUCGAGGACACCGCGAUGGAGGCUCGCGAGCUCGUCGAGACUGGCGACACCUCCGAGGAGCUGGAGACCCCGCAGCAGUUGCAAGAACGUCUCGAGGAGCGUUUCUUGAACGCCGCUACCCCGGCCACCGACUCCAGGACCGAUGGCGAGGUCAACACCAGUCAAGUAGACUCGUCGGCAUUGGAGGAGCUUCCCCUCCGCCGGGGCGCCCGUGGCCUGCCCCAAAAGCUGAAAACGCAGGCGGGCAAGCUACGUUCCCGCCUGAGAAACAUCCAACGGCCAACGUUCGCGUUCCCCGAGCGACACAAGCAAGAGAAGGGGGGGAGCGCGAGAUCGGACAGAUCGUCGAGGGCGGAGAAGAGGCCAAGUCGCAUGGACAGGAUACGAUCCUCGUUCUCGGAGAGGCCGAAAUUCAUGAAUCUGCCUAGCCGUCCGAGGCUCUCGUUGCCGGACAGAUCGAAAUUCCACUUGCCCGAGCGGCCGAGGUUCAAUCUCCCUGAGAAGGCGAGGCUCCAUCUGCCCGACAGAGCGAGGUUCAACAUCAAGCGGCCCAACAUACGCUUCCCGAGCGCCCUCACUCGCAAGAGAUCCCCCCCCGCGCACGAGCAACGCUCCACCGAGUCGACCAUCGGCUCGCGAAAGAACAUCUUCGACUUUUCCGCGUAUCCGAGAAUAUUCGACAAGAAAUCGAGAAACAAAGGCGAGUACGCCACUUCCACUCCGAAAGAGUCGAGGGCGCAGUCGGCAGAGAGCGCCACGUUCCCGCGAGUGCGCAAAAAGAGCGACGGGUUGAGAUGGGCGCGAAGGUUCGAGAAGACGGCGAGCUACGAGCAACGCUCGAGCGAAGAAACCGCGGCGGAGAGAUCGCAACCGUGGCGAUACCCCUCCAUGGAGGAGCCUAGAUUGUCGAUGAGCGAGGGGGGGGCGGUGGCCAUACCGUGGGAGGAGAGGGGGAAGCGGGACGAGGAGUUUCAAUACAUGGAUUACGAGCAAGAAACGUCCCCGGAGACGUCGGAUCGCCAGACGCCGCAUCUUCCUACGUCGGAUGCUUCGAGAACGGAGGAGGAAUACACGGGCGAGGAUAAAUUGCAUCAGCGUGGAGAAGAGGAAGAGGAAGAGGAAGAAAAGGAGGAGGAGGAGGAGGAUGUGGAAAAAGGGGAGUGGAAACCGGAGAAGGAGAUGCGCAGAGAGGAAUUCAGACCCGUUCCAAGAUCCAGAUCCUUAGAGGAGGUGCUGCACACCAGGGAGGAGGCAAGAUACGAAGAAACAUUCGCAGCCGUGGAUCCGAGGAGAUACGGGGUGCACAAGACCCCGUCGGAGGAGGAGGAAUACGAGGAAGAGAUGGACGAGGACGAGGAGCCCGAACCGUUGUCCAUUCAAUCCGACAGGGAGCAGCAGCACUCGAGCAGCAGCUCGUGCGAACGACGACGCCACGGAGUGAUCGAGGAGAUCGAUUCCGACGAAUUCUUUCUACGGGAAAGCGGGCUCAGCCAGGACGACACGAAUUUCGGGAAAUACUUGACGGGCGAGAUCAGAGACGCUUUGAGGCCGGAGAGAAAUGUUUUGGCCGACGAGGAAAUGGUGCCUAUCCCACCGAGGCGCCCCGCGAGGAACAGAUCCCUAAGAAAGGAAAAAGAACGUUCGACGGAGUCGUACGAUGUUACGCCACCUAUCAGGCCAAACAGGGCUCGUCGAAGCGAAUCUACGGACGAGCAGAUGUUCCGCGAUCGAACCAGAAGCGAUUCCAGGCACAGAGUGGUCUAUCAGACGGAGGGAGAGCCGGCCCAGCUUCCCGUGGAGCCGUUGGACGACAUCGUGGUGGUGAAGCCCGUACGCAGAAAGUCGAGGUCCUUGCAGCGUAGCCAAUCGCAACUCGCGGCGGAUACUUCUCGGCCGCCAUCGCCGACACCUCCUGUGGCGCCCUCUCGUAGGAAACGGUCGCGCAAAGAACCCGAGCGGAGGAACGGCGAACUAGUAGAGCCUGCGAUUUGCAACGGACAUGCCGAGUGGGCCGGCGAUCACGUUCCCGGGAAAUCUGUCUCAUCGUCGCUGUCUAAGAUGUACAGCGUUCGAUUGGACGAACAAGAGGAGGUGUACACGGCUGAAGAAAUCAUGGCAACGAGCGAGGAGAAUAUUCGGAAAUUGGCGACGAGGCUUGGAGAGGAAGAGUACAUGGAACCGGCCCCGGUCCCGCCGAAGAGAAGGUCCAGAUCCAGGGCUACCUCGGUCGCUUUGGACGAGGAUAGGACGUCCCAUGGCGCGGAAUCGUUGCCAGAAGCCGGUUACGCGGAGGAGGAUAUUCCGCGGGACGACGUAGAGUCGUUUGAAAGGGAGUUAACGGGUUACGCCGUUAUAGAGAAACGGGAGAAACCACCGAGACCGCCGCCACCAAGGAGAAAAAGGGACAAGUUUGCCACUGCUCCUAGAUCGAACCCACCUAAACGUCCCCAAAGGGCGUACAGUACGCUUGGCCCAGCCAGAUCUGACGAAAAUAAUAUACUAUUUGCGGACGAUACGUACGACGUGACGUUGCAAGCGACCGAGUCGACUCGUUACAUAGAAAUCGACUCUGACGAUGGAGAGCACAAAGAUCUGCGUAGCAGCGAGGUUUUGAGCAAGAUGCAGGGACGACCGUUGCCAGCGCCGCCUAGGCCGCCCAGAUCCAAAAAGGACAAAUCGAUGGAACUAUCCACUCGUGAACUGAGAGAGGAAAUCGCCAUGGAAACAACCACUGCCACACAAACCGAUCCUUUGCCCGAUGACGUGGUGAUAGAAGAGGAAGUGACGCAAGCGAAAUUGGUCGUAGCGCCAUCUAUCUCCGGCUCGCAGAUCAUGGUCUCCACGGAGAGAAUACCAAGCCCGUCGAGCAUGGGCACACCGCCCGUCCCUCCCCUGCCAAUGUCGCAGAGACUGCGUAAAGAUGAAGAAGAAACGGGGCCGGCUUACGAUACCGUUUCGUUAAAAUCUCCAUCGCCGUCCAAAGAGAUUCAAGCUCUCGAGGAUAGACAUUUAUCCGCGCCACAUUUGGGUGAGCCAAUCCGCGAGCAGGAACCGCAUCUAAAAUCUAUUCGAUCUGCCCUGUUUUCAGACGAGCCUGUGAGGAUCUCCAACUUGGAAGUCGGGGACCUAAGAGUGGAUCGUCUUAGCGUUUCUCAAAUCGAGGCUAGCAAGAUCGUUGCAUCCGAAGUGGACGCGUUGAUCGUUACCGCAUCCGAAUUGAAGAACAUAGAGGGCAGUAUGGGGGAAAGUCUAUCUCCUUCCAUUAUUAGGGAGUUGAUGGCCAUCAGAAGCCAUUUGGAGACCGUGACCGCCUUCAGAAUACAAGGUCAGAGAGAAGAGAGCAAAGCGAUCGAACAGGCGGAACAGAAGACAGCAGACAUUCCUGUUGCAGAGGGGCAAAGCGUGGAACGGAAACUAGACGAAGAGACGAUUGUUCGAGAAAUUGGCGAAGGAGAGGAGAAACCAAAGAGCGAGGAUCAAAAGGUUGUUAAAAGAGAAGUAAUCCAGAUAAAGGAUAUACCAAGUACACGCACACUAUCAGUCGCGCAAGUAGAGAACAAAGAGUCGAUACACGCACUAACAAUCUCGCAAGUAGAAUCGAGCGACAAAAAUAUUCCUAGUACACAAUCAUUUUCUGACGUUCGAAACAUUCAAGAUAAGUCCUUACGAAUUUUAGAUACAGAAAGACCUGUUUCAUUGAGCACGGGCACAGCUAAGGAAUUCAACAUAAAAGAAUCCCACGUUUCGCGUCCUCCCUUUGUAACAACCACCCUGGAAGAGAGCACCGAGCUGAGAUUAUCUUCGGAUCGUGUGUUCGAAGCUAACAAUGAACCAGUUGAUCCAACCUUUGACUGGAAGCCGCCAGAAUUCCGCGAAUUUUCCACGUUUCGAGAGAGGAAAGACGAGGAAACAUCGAGCGAGAUUAGCGAAAAAAAGACUCGAAAAUCGAGGUCCAGAUCGCCGUCCCCUAUAAAUAUCUCUCGAACACGGCAGACCGCUUCCCCGGUUCGAUCGUUACCACCGGUCAUCUCGGUAACACCGGACACACCAGACAGUGUCACGAGUCGCGGCACUAGCAGCGAAAUACAGCCGCAACGUGCUGUAAUCUCUUACACGUCGUUCACGGAUCAGUCGGACAGAGAAAGCCAAAGAGAAUCAUCUCAUUCGCCCUCUUGCUUUGCGUUAGAAGGAACUCAUCUCAUCGCAUUUCCAGCAUCGCAAAUUCCUUCACAGUUUUUCUCUUUGGCCAGCCAUCGUACCGAUACCGAACCAAGUAUUACAGAUAGUACGAGACAAUUGAUCAGGGUACUUCGAUUAGCUGGUUUAAGAGCAAUGAGGCAUUUUGUGAAUUAUAUGGCAUCCAUGGUAGGCAAUGAAGAGUCACGGGAAAAGAUCAGAGAAGUGGAAUUAACGUUGUGCGCGUUAUUGCUUUUGGUCGCAGGUUUAUUGAUAUUUUAUUUCAGCAAUCCUCGAACGAUAACGCAUCAUCACCAUUGGGACUAUUUUAAUCCGCCAAAAUAACAUAGUAAAAUUGAUGAAAAUUCUACCAAUGAAAUUCAUGCUAUUAUUUUCAUUUCUAUUGACCGCCAUUAUAAAAUAGUUUUAUAUACACAUAACGGACAUUCUAUUUUUACAAACGAAAAAUAAUAAGAGAAUAGACCUAAUACUCGUAGUAAAAGAAUGAAAAUUUAGUCAGAUAGUUGAGUAAUUAGGUUUAUCUCUGAUAAUCAAAUGUUAAAUGUUUGUUACAUUUUGAAUAAACGUGUAUGAGUUAUAUCUAA